CUCCAGCAAGAAGUAAAACUGUGUUAUUUCCUAAAUCUGAUGGAUGUUACGCCGUCCAGAAACGUUGUCAAAACCUCAAAUCAAUCAUUAGAUUCUCUUGCUAUUCACUGACCUAUAAAUUAAAUGAUUGCCACCAAAACUGGUGAGGAUAAGGUGUAUCUCUUCAGCAGAACAGAGAUGGUUCUUUGAAGUGGUUAGGUUCUGCUUCAUUAGUUUCUCUGCAUAGAGAUGGGUUUUGAGACCAAGGCAUGGUUAGUUUUGCCUCUUCUUUUCUUGCUUGCAAACUGUUUGCAAAAAUGCGUCACUGGAAAAUCUCAAGUUCCUUGCCUUUUUAUCUUCGGGGACUCUUUGUCUGAUAGUGGAAACAACAAUGACCUUCCAACCACUGCAAAAUCUAAUUACAAUCCAUAUGGGAUCGACUUCCCAACUGGCCCAACUGGAAGAUUCACCAAUGGCCGGACCACAAUUGACAUAAUUACUCAACUUCUCGGAUUUGAGGAUUUCAUCCCACCCUUUGCAAACACUAGUGGUUCAGACAUACUUAAAGGUGUGAACUAUGCAUCUGGGUCAGCUGGAAUUCGUAAUGAGAGUGGCACGCAUUUGGGUGUUUGCAUCAGCUUGGGAUCACAGUUAACAAAUCACAAAGUCAUAGUUUCUCAAAUUGCCACAAGAUUCGGAAAUCGUGAAAACGCUCAACAAUACCUUAACAGGUGCUUGUAUUAUGUGAGCAUAGGCAGCAAUGAUUACAUAAACAAUUACUUCCUGCCCCAAUUCUACCCAACAAGCAGCAUUUAUAGUCCUGAGCAGUAUGCAGAAGCUCUGAUUGAAGAGUUAUCUUUGAAUUUACUGGAUCUACAUGACAUUGGAGCAAGAAAAUAUGUGUUGGUUGGGUUGGGCCGUUUAGGCUGCACUCCAAAAGCAAUCUAUACAACCGGAAACGGGUCUUGCGCUGAAGAGGAGAAUGCUGCUGCAGUCAUUUUUAAUGCCAAACUUAAAUCUCUUGUGGAACUUUUCAAUAACAAGUUAUCUACUAUUUCCAAGUUCAUCUUCAUAAACAGUACAUCCAUUGACCGAGAGAAUUCACUUGUCAUGGCAUGGAUGAUCUCAGUCUCAGGUAUUUCGGUGACUGAUGCUGCUUGCUGCAGAACAACGUUGCAUGGAGAGUGUAUUCCUGAUGAAAGGCCAUGCUAUAAUAGGAAUGAAUAUGUGUUUUGGGAUGAUUUUCAUCCCACAGAGGCUUGGAACCUACACACUGCGAUGAAGUCUUAUGAUACUUCUUCUAAUCAAGCCUUCACUCACCCAUUGGAUAUCAAGAACCUUGUUCUUGAGAAAGAUCUUAAGAAAGAAUCGGAGUUCAUAAAUGGGAUCACAUCACAGCUCAGUGCUCCUGCAUAAUUAAGUUCAUGUUAUCAUGUAGAUCAUUCAUGUGAAGCUGAAUAGUUUAUUCAUUGAAUAAGUUGAGUAAUAACCUGCCACUAGGGGUAAGUCAGGCCAGACUUUGGUUAAAUAGGGCUGAUCUAUAUAAAAAAAUUCAAUAACCGAGUCUGGUAUGUUCCUUAUUAUAGACUUUCUUUUAGGCCUAAGUCUAAUCUUUUUGAAAGUCCGGAGUCCGGCUGAUAACCUAUUUUAUAUAAGACAUUCGAAUGGAUUGUCAAAUUAAUUUUUAAA